AUGUCAGCCCUGACCAUUUUCGAGUCAUCAUUUGUGGCGCAAAAAUGGCAGAGGACAGCAUCCCAGAUCCCAGCAGACCUCAGAUGUUUUUAUUCGGGUGUGUGCUGAGGUCUGAUAAGAAGGAGCACAAAGUGGAGGUAGACGAUGAUGAAGCUGAUCACCAGCUGUCACUCAAAGCGGUGUGUCUGGGAGCAGAAGCAGAGGAUAAGUUCCAUACAGUGGAGAUAGAAGGAGUGACGUACGAUGGCAAGACGACCAAAAUCCCACUUGCUGUAUUGAAGCCUUCUAUUCUCCCUUCUUUAAGUUUAGGAGGUUUUGAAGUUACUCCUCCUGUCUCGUUCCGUCUGCAGUCCGGAGCUGGCCCAGUCUACAUAAGCGGACAACAUUUUGUUAGUGUGAAAGAGUCUGAUGAUGAGGAAGAGGAAGAGGAGAACAACUCAUCACCAGUAAAGAGACCGUCCAGCUUGGCCCCUGGCAAAGUAAAACAGAAAAAACUAAAAAUGGACUCAGAUGAGGACGACUCGGAUGAAGAUGAUGAUGAUGACAGUGAAGAUGAUGAUGACGAUGAUGAUGAUGAUGAAGAUGAAAAGGCAGUUGCGAAGAGCCCCAUUAUAACCCCAAAGAAAGCCACAGAGAAAAGCAAGAGUGCAGAUAAACAGAAUGGUUCUCCUGGGAAAAAAGACGGCAAACCUGAGAAGCCCAAUAACCAGGUUCCAGGGAAAGGGAAAGACAAGUCCGGAGCAGGGCCUUCUGGAAAACCCUCCACCAAGCUCAGCACAAGUGAAGUCAAGAACAGACUAGAAACAGCAUUUAAAGAGGGCAAGCCACUUCCAAAGACGGAACAGAAGUUUGAGAACUUCGCUAGAAGUUCUUUCAAGAUCGUAGACAAACAAGUGAUCAAAGACCUUUGGAACUAUGUGCAAACACUGAAAAAGUAAUGGCAGCAUUUUCCAGCUCUCCCUUCUUUCCCCCUCCCCUCUCCGAGUCCCCCCCACACCCCCCGAUGUACCAGAAGACUAAGGAUAUCCAGUGACUGCCUUCAGCUGUGAAUUCUGGCCUCUUCCAACUCGAAUGGAAUCCGUCCACUCUGCUCGGCGCAUAAUGAGACAGUUUAGAGUAGAAAAACACAGACUAGUGACAGGGAGAUCAUGAUCAUCGUUUAACCUGAUCUGCAGCUGAAGCUCUCCACAGUGGUGGUCAGUGUGGUAAGACAGCUAUAUAAAAAUAUUAUUAAGGGUGAUUUUUUUUUUUUUUUUUUUUGUGCUGAGUUGAAAUUGAGUUCAAAUGAAUGAAAUGCAUCUGUCCAGUUAUAGGAAUAGUAUAGUAUAAGAACACUGGCAAAUCCAGACCAGCCAGUAGGGCUGUGUAUUGCCAAGAACUUGGUGAUACAAUAUAAUGUGUAUCACUAUAAAGUGACUAUGAUUCAAUAUAUCGCAAUAUGUUGGGAUACUGUAAGUAAUUCAUUGGUGGUUAAUGUUGUAAGCAAGAUAGUAAGAAUUAUUAGAGGUAGUUUUUGAUUUGAGUUGAGUUAUCUGAUGUUAAAUGCAUCUGUUCAGUUAGAAAUAGGAAUAGUAUUUCUAAAGGAAUCAAAUUGAAACUGGCUAGUAGGGCUGUGUAUUGGCAAGAAUACAAUACAAUCUGUAUGACCAUACAGAGGUACAGUUGAGGACGAUAUUAUUAGCCCCCCUAUGAAAUUUUAAGUCUCCUCAAGAUUCUGGCAAGAUCCUUUUUAGCAGAGCAAGGCAGUUCUAACAGAGCAUUUCUGAACAUACAAUUUUUCAUUUGAAGGACCAAAAUAUUUAUAUUUGUGCACCAAAAUAUUAUUAUGUAAGAAUAAGCUAAAAUGACCAGGGACAUUAUUAUUAGCCCCCUUUAAGAAAUUAACAUUUAUUAAGUCAUCACACAAGCCACUUUUGUGCAGUGAUGUGCUUUACCUUCUCAGGUGAUGUGCAUAAAGGUGAUCAGGUGAAACAGAUGACUGCACUGAAUUAAGUUAAGUUAAUUAACUUAUUUAAGUUAAAACAUGGUAUAAAAGCCUCAUUAUGGAGCUGGCAGUUGAGGAAGCAACAUGCCAAAAAAAAAGGAAAUCAGUUUGGACCUGAGAAAAAGAAUUACUGAUGCACACAAAGCAGGAGAGGCAUAUACAAAGAUAUCCAAGCGUUUCCAAGUGUCAAGAACUGGAGUGAGAGGCAUCAUUCAGAGAUUCAAAGACAGCAACACAGUGCAGAACAAGCCUGGCAGAGGUAGAAAGAGAAAUAUUUCAGAGAGACUGGAAAGAAUACUAGUGAGAAAUGUGUCUAGAGACCCCAGAUUAACUUCCAAGGCACUGGCAAAUGACUUGGCCACAUCAGGAAUCAUAGUCUCUAAGAAGACCAUCACUAGAACUCUGCACAGGAAUGACCUGUGAGCGUGCAGACCAAGAAAAACUCCACUUUUGAGGAAGAGGCACCUUCAAGCAAGACUUAAGUAUGCUCGGGACAACCUGGAGAAAAAUUAUUCAUACUGGAAGCUUGUCUUAUGGUCUGAUGAGACUAAACUAGAGCUCUUUGGCCACAGGGACACUGCUUAUGUUUGGAGAAAAAAAGGACAGGCAUUCAACCCAAAGAACACCAUCCCCACAGUGAAGCAUGGUGGUGGGAGUAUUAUGCUAUGGGGAUGCUUCAGUGCAUCUGGAACUGGAAAUCUUGUCAAGGUGGAUGGAAUCAUGAAUAAAGAAAAAUAUGUGACUAUUUUGAAAGAGAACCUUAAGCAGUCAGCUGUGAAACUGGGUCUGAGAGGUCACUUCAUUUUCCAACAUGACAAUGAUCCUAAACACACAUCCCUUCUGGUGAAGAACUAUCUCCAGAUGACCAAAGUGAAUGUCAUUGAAUGGCCUGCACAAAGCCCUGACUUAAAUCCAAUAGAAAAUCUGUGGGGUGACCUAAAGAAAAAUGUCCAUGCAAGACAACCAUCGAAUCUAGAGGAACUUGAGAGAUUUGCCAAAGAAGAAUGGGCCAGGAUUCCUCAAAUGAAGUGUGAGAGACUUGUUGUAAACUACAACAAACGUCUGCAGGCAGUAAUCCAGCAAAAAGGAUACACAAUUAACUAUUAGGAUGUGGGGGGCUAAUAAUUUUGACCCUGAUAGUUUUUGUGUUUUGUGUAAUAUCUUCAUUUCUGAGUGGAAUACAAUAUAGUGUAAGCAUUCAAAAUAAAACUAUGAUGUCUAAAAAAGCUGUGUUUAGUUUAUUUUGCUCUGGUUAACAUCACUUGGAAAAUCCUUAGAAAACAAGGACUAUUUUGUAAGGGGGCUAAUAAUAUCGUCCUCAACUGUAUAUUGCGAUAUUCAAUAUGUAAUGAUAUAUUGGGAUACUGUCUUAAUCAAAUGUUAGAUAUUACAAUAAUCAUCAAUUAACCUGAUCUCUGCAGCUAAAGCUCUCCACAGUGUUGGUCUGUGUGGUAAGACAGCUAUAUAAAAAUGCUGAGUAGAAAAUAAGUUCUAAUUAAUAAAAGGCAUCUGUUCAGUUAUUGGUCAUGAGAUAGGUAAGCUUGAGUUGAGUUUGAGACUGGCCAAUAGAGCUGUUCAUUUACAAGAAACUACAUUUUGCAAUAUAUUGCAAAAUAUUCUAAUACUGUACGUAAGGCGAUUAUAGUAAGGCGACUCUGUAGUGGGCGGGGUUUAAACACAAUAAAGGUGGAAAACUGUCUGACAACAAUCUUUACAUGUGAACUAAUAAUUAAGAAUAGAUACUGUUGUUUUUUUUUUGUUUUUUUUUUUUGAGAAUCAGUACAGUAUUACAAAACGGAAUAUUGCGAUACUUCGAUAUAUCAAUAUUGUCUUACACCCCUACUGGCCAGUGUGCUUAUAUUUUGUUCUGGAAAAAAGUCCUGGUGUAUCUAAGCAGGUUAGCAUUUUGCACUACAGUACCUGUUUCUGGCCAGCUUGUUUUGGUGUUUUUCUCUUCCCCACCCCCCCACCCCCAAUGAUUUUUUUUUUCAGGUUAUGCUCAUUUUCUGUAAAUAGUGCUAUUCAUUUUAAUGUGCAAACAUGGCAGCUGAAAGAUUGCCGAAGAUUCUGUCUGGUCCCGCGCAUUCCGUCUGGCUUGAAAAGUGUUCCGUCUGACUGAGGAUUCCGUCUGCCUCACAGUGGGCCUUGUAGCUGUGAGGAUGUCGUCUGGCUGAGCUUCCAUAGCUCCCCUGUCUUUUACAGGCUGAAAAUUGGAAGUGACGGCAAGCUGAGCCCCUCUCUCUACGUACAAACUGGAGUCAUAAAAAGUGAUCAUUUUAGAUGGUUCCGUUACCCCACUGUGACAGUGAAUGAUGGUUAUAUUGGUUUAAGUUGUUUCUGUAGUGCUUGGAUUCGCAGCAGUUUAGCUAAUGUGCUGAUCUUUUACUUUGUCCUUUUUUUUUUUUAAGUUUGAUUUUGUUCAUUCAGUUCUUAAUUCUUAGUUCUACAGUUCAAACUGUAAUUGUAUUGUAUUAUAAGUGUUGUGGUACUAAUGCUGCAUUCCAUUUUAACUCUGAUGUCAGAAUGAUCAAAAUUAGGAAAUUUCAACAGGAAAUCAGAUUUCCUGCUUAGAAAUAACUGGAAGAAACUCACCAACCCAUAGUACAAAAUCCAAGAUGGCUGCUUUGCACAUUAACAGGUCCAAGUGGAUAUGAUUUCAUUGAGUUUGGAUGCCCAAAAUAUUGGAUGUUACUGCUAACUGGUAUCACUAACAAUGCUAACUUGGUACAAAGCUAACAAUGGCAAUAUGGGACUUAAAGUGGAAUAGAUUUGCCUUGAAACACAGAUAAAUAAUUACUAAAUCAGUUGUGGGAAACACCGAAGUAUUUUUCUAACUUUUGGUAAAAUUGGCUGAAUGAUGAAAUGUAAAGAAUUAAAUUUGGGUUUGAUGUCAUUCCCAGCUCCAACAUCUGACUUCAGAAAAAAAUGAAAUGCAGCAUUACUCGGGAAGUUUCAAGAAGAUUUUAAACAUGAGUGAUCUUUGUUUUAAUGUGUUUUUAAGAGUUAACAAGUGAAAUAGCUUGUAUUCUAUAAGAGUCAUGGAAAACAUAUGUACCCAACUAUAGCUACUGUGUCUAACUGAAGAGUUAAUGUUUUCAAUUGUGACACUAAAAUGGUAAAUAACAUUUAAUAUGUUACCUGAUAAGUUCUCAUUUCUCUUUAAAGUGUGCACACAGAACUUAGCAUCUGGACACAACCUAAAAGCAGAUUUAUGCUUUUGUGUCAAAUCUACGCCAUAGCCUACAUAUACCCUAAAUGCAUAAAUGUGUCCUGUGCGCAGACCGCAGAAGGUUUGUUUGGUCGGCAGAGAUACACUUACUAUCUUUACAUAGGUACAAAUGCUUAAAGCGGUGUAGAGUAGAGGUGGGCGAUAUGGCAUCAAAAUAAAAUCACGAUAUUUCAUGGUAUUAUCGUGGCGAUAUAAAUUAUUUUUUUUUUUUUCAAGAAUACACUACUGCAACAAAAUGAAAUUUUAUUUUUUUUAUUGCAUACGAUUUAUGCCACACCCUUACCUGAGAUAUUUAAAAAAUACAAGAAUUUGAUCAGAUUUGUAACAGAAGUCAAGGAUCCAAAAUGUCAUGAUGACUUAUAAUGCACUCUAAAUAUCUCCAUGUAACCAGUAUUAAAGUAAAAUAAAUGAUACUGGACAGACAUAAUCUAGUACUAUUCUAGUAGAUAUAUAAUGGAAAAUGAAAACAGUGGAAAAAAGUAUUACCCUGAUGUAAUAAGUGGGGGUGGGUGAUAUGGCACGAUAUUUUUUAGAGUAUAAUAACGUUCACGAUAUUCAAAAAUGUUGGCAAUAUUAUCGUGUACGAUAUGAUAUGGCACACCGCUAGUGUAGACUCUACGUUGACUCAACACAAAAGUAUAAAUCGGCGUUUACUGACUGAGUCCAGAUGUAGGUAGUCCAGUUAAGAGAUGGCCUAAGCAAAUUUCAUUAAUGACUGAAAUCAUCUCAACAGCCAGUCCUCCACAUAAAGUAUACAUUGUGUUCUGUUGAGUUUUGUUUUGUUUAUUUUCUUUAUUACUAUUACAGUAUUAACUACUUAGUUUGAAGUUUUGCAUGAGCUAAAUUGGUUCAGCGUAUCCAUGCCUGUUGAUUUUUGUAUAUUAAUGUCCCUGGAACGAAAGGAAUAAAAAUGAAACUGACCCAGA